AAGGGAUUUUCUGUGGAAGCUGCACGCCCUGUCACACAGUCAACAUGUAUAAGACAACAAAGGAUGAUAUUUAUGCAUAUGCACUGUCCAAGACCCUGACAAAAGUUUCAUCACCUGCAACUGUAGGACUCUACUCCUCAUGUGAAAAUCGAAUUAGCCUGAUCCUUGAACAAAUGUCAGUGUACAUGAAGCAGGAAGCCUCGACGAUUGAGCAGAAAUAUGAAGGACGUUACAAGCCUCGCUCAGUUACGCCUUCAUUUUGUGGCUUUUUUGCUCUCAUCGGUCGAAUGCUGUUCUACAGGCCCAUUUGGACAGAGGAGAACCAGCAGCACCAUAACAUCAGGUUCAUUAAUGUACAUUUUAGUGCCUGGCAUUUUGCAGGCAGUGACCUGCUUUGGGCCGGGCUAGCCAUACGGCUGUUUCAGGCCAUGCAGAUGAACUUUGGGAAAUUACAGAUUGCGCUCUACCGUGUGGGUCAACAUGAUGAAGAAGAGGAAGUCAACAAGAAGAUAGUGGAGGACAGUCCGAACCAUUGGAGGUCCAAAAAGGUCUGCUGCUGCCCUCUGUGGUUUCUCUGCCUGUCCAUUAUUGUGGUUCCACUUAUCAUUUUGGUAGUCCUGUUGUCUUUUGGCUUACCCGAGGUUGAGACAGACAAGCCCGUUAAUGGAACAACCAGCCAGGUGGGCGUGCUGGAUGGCCUGCUCAUUGCUGCCAUAGGAGUCCCUGCAGCAAGUGCAUUGAGGUUUGUCUUUCUGAUGGGUAAGAACCUCAUCUUCAACCAGGAUCUGAACCUCAAGAAGGGGAUGGACAAUGAUCGCAUCAGCAGCCAGCUGGGCUUCAUGAAUGAAGUAAGGAAGGAGAUGUGGUUUCUGUCUCAAUUCAUCCAGUUCAUGGAGGUGUUUGAGAGGAGGAGGAUCCGAGUGGUACUGAACAUCACCAACCUGGACCGCUGCUCCCCCAAGAAGAUUGUCGCAGUUCUGGAUGCGAUCAGCAUUCUGCUUUCGGAUGAGGAGAGUCCUUAUAUUUCCAUCCUGGCCGUCAACCCAGAUGUUCUUGUGCAGAAAGUGAACUUUGCGGAUGGCUGCUUCAGCAAAGAAGACAGAGCUCACGAGAUGCUGAACCGCAUCGUGACGCUGGCCUUCACUGUCCCACUACUGUGCGAUGAUUCAAAGCGCAGCAUAUUUGACAGCCUCACUUGCAAUUCAAAAAAACCUUUGCGCACAAUUACGAGCGAUGAUAAAGUGUCCUGUUCCUCAGUGGAGAUUGCAUUUGACACAAAGGAAUCAUAUCCGCUGAUGGAUAGCACUACAGUUGCACUGAAUGUAAACGAGGAGGAAGUAGAGAAGUUGGUCAGGAGCAUCCUGACCAGCAAUGAAAGGAACCUAAACAAGUACAUGUUGGAGGACGCCACGUCCAUGAGGAGGGUAAUCAACUCCAUCCGAGUGACGGUGAUAAUUAUGAAGGCCUUGAAGAAGGAGCAUCCUCAAUCAGACUACAUCGCAGCAUGGGUGGUCUUAGCUAAUCAGUGGCCCUGCCGCCUCAGCUGGAUCAUCCAGUGUGUGGAAGACGCUCAGCAGAGAGCAGUUAUUGAUCGUAACAACGAGGCCCACACUGAUGAUUCAAAGACCUUGUGGGAGGUCUUCAGUGAGUCCAGGGCCGAGCUGUAUGUGAUGAGUGCACAGGUUGAGGACCUCCUUGAGCAGGAUGGAGAUCCUGAGAUGUUUGAAAGGUUUCUCAAAAUGGAUUUCCAAUUCACCCUAAAGGACUUGAGGACAUUUGAAGAGACAACGGUGAACCUGGAUCAUUCAAUGAGGAAAGAGCUUUCUCACCUCAGAGGGACCUCCAGGCUGAAAGAUUCUGGUUGGAUGAGGAACCUUGCUCCUCUGCCAAUCACAACUAUCAUCAAUAUGGGCAAAGAGGAUGUGUGUAAAGAGUUGGAAAGAAUGAAGUACCCCAGUAAGUAUAUUGAUAUUGUGAGAAACAAAGACCUCAACGGCACAGCACUGCUCUUUGGUGAUGCAGACGACCUUAAAGACAUCCUAGAUAUGACCUUAGGUGAAUGGGCAACUUUCAGACUGCACUUCCUGGGUUUACCUUCACAUCUCCGACCACAACAUAAGAGCCCGGCACUGACACCUUCUCAUUCUCAGAAGCAGCUGUCGGGAUUUCGCCUCCAUGUUCCCCAUCAUUACUCGUCUACUGUUAACAACAUGUAAGAAUUCAAUCCAUAUCAAAUGUGAUAUCCCUAACAUUAUGAUCUGCAUGGUUUGUCAACAAUACAGUAACAAUACAGAAACCUGAACGUGUGAAUUAAUUACAUUUGCUUUGUUUGUGAUAAACUCUUGAUGCUGCUGAGAAAAGUGUUUAAUCUUGUGUAACUAUGUCAAAUAAUUAUCACAUGCAUGUUGGUUCACUUAAGGGCAACAAGCAAUGAUAGCUGUAGUGUUACUUUAAUGUCAACCUUAGUUGAACUGAUUGUACAUUUGUGUUUUUCAUGGAUUACAUUUUCCUAUAAUAGGUAUUUUUCACAGCAGAUAUUUCGACUUGUCACAGUAGGAAAAGCACAUUUCUGAUGGCUGAAUGUCAUUAACUGCUUCAGGUUCAGGGUUCUGGUAUUGUUCAUGUUGGCUCACUGUCACACGGUAAUGGCUUGACUGUGACACUUUGAUAAAAUGGAGCCAUUGUUUAUGUCACUAAUAACACCUGUGCUUUUCCUGCUAUGACAAGUCAGAAUGUCUGCUGUGAAAAAGAGCUAUUAUGAGUUAUUGUUGCUGUUCUUCUUUCUGUCAGUGUGUUAUGGAAGGUGGCAAACAGUAAAAGGAUCCCUAUGAUUAAAGCUGUGAAACAUGUUGCCCAAACAAAACACACAGAACUAUUGUUUAAACGUUGCUUUUAAAAUCAAUGCUUUUAAAAUCAUUUUCACCAAUAAAAAAUAUAUAUUUACAGAUCACAUGACCUUUUUGUUGGAAAAUAAGAAGCUAAAGAGGCUCACUUGAAGAAUAUGUAUAUUAUGUAUAUGUAUCUUAAAUUGAGAGGUGUUUCAUCAAUGACUCAGGCUUUAGUUCAAUGGGAGGGUUAACAGGAGGAUCCUCCAUGCACAUAACUUCAACUUGAUGUAGGUUUAACACAUUCAUUUUUUUGUUGUUUUUUUCUUUUGUUUGUACUGUAACUUAAAUCUGGAAGUACUGAAUGUUUAUAAUGUGUUGUGCCUUUGUCAUACAUCAUGAAUGCAUGCUACAAGUUUCACAACCUUAAAUAAAGCCAAAGGAUAUUUACUGCACAUUUAGCUUGUGGAAAUUCCUCGAUAGUAGGAUCGCAUCUAUUUCAGAUUAUAUUUCACAUUAACAAUUUUAAUUUGGUUUUUAAUAGAUUGAAACUCAGGGAGUACUUGAUUGAGUCAAAUGAUUCAAAAAUAUUGUACUUGCAGUAAAC